GGCGCAUGCAGCUUUUGUGAGAGACGGACGGCUGAUGGAGACAUUUUAAAAUAAAUACAUAGCUAGCUUGCUAAAGGGCUAACAGGGCUCGGGGAAAAGGUGCGAGCAACACUGCGCCAAAAAAAAACACCGUUCAAGUUUUAAAGAAGUGAAGUGUAUUUAUCAGCGCGUUGUUUAUGCAUCGUUACUCAGUAAGACUGCACAUUUUUGAAGAUGUCGAAAAGUCUGACGGUGGGGAAAAGAGACAUAUAACUGACGCCUUGGUAAGCUCCUGUCCAGGCACAUUGGUCCAUGUUUGUUGGACCUUUGGGCUCUGGGCUCAACUAGCAUGAAGAUGGCUGAUUCAGAAAAGGCAGAGGAAUUUGUUGAUGCCGAGUGCCCACUAGAGUGCCUUGAUGAAGCACAAUCAGCCACAGCUUCUGUUCAGGGAGAGCAGGACGAGCACCUGAAAACAGAGACCACCACCAGUACCAGCUCACCGCCAAGGGAAAAGGAGGGAGACAGCCCCUUGAAUACAGAGGGUGAGCAGAGUCUCCUCUCCAUGCCAUGCCUGAUGAAGGAACUCCGCAGAGACUCGCCAGAGUCCCAGACUGCCUCCACAGGGAGUGACAAGCCUGUAUCACGUCAUAUCUAUGAGAGUGACUCCUCAAAUCCCUGCAUGCUAUCCCCCUCAUCCAGCGGCCACCUAGCUGACUCAGACACGCUCUCCUCAGGGGAAGAAGGUGCCGCUCCUCCUGCAGGAGAAGAUGCCAACAUGGAGGCGUCAAAUGAUCCAGGGCAGGCAGCAGGAAGGCAAGCGUCUGCCACGUCUACAGGGGGGAGGAAGUCCCGGCGAUCACGCUCGGAGAGUGAGAUGCCCCCUAAUGCAAUGGCCGCAAAGAAAAACCGCUGCCAGCCCACCACAGCUGCCGCGGGAGGUCAGGAAAAACAAACCAACGGCAAGCUGGGAAAAGUGAAAGGUCACCGGAGCCAGAAACACAAGGAGCGGAUGCGUUUGCUGAGGCAAAAACGAGAAGCAGCAGCGCGGAAGAAGUAUAACCUGCUGCAGGACAGCAGUACAAGUGACAGCGAGCUCACAUGUGACUCCAGCACUAGCUCUUCUGAGGAUGACGAUGAUGACACUUCAGGAGGCAGCAAGACAAUCAAGACAGAUAUUUCAGACGGGCCUCCAGUAGUGGGUCACUAUGAUAUUUCAGACACUGAUUCUAACCAGGAGAGUAUGAGUGUGGAGACAAUCCGGCCCACGGUGAUAAAGCAUGAGCUAAAAACACACAGAGGCCAGGAUAUGGCAGCUCACUCUGGGUGUAUAAGAGCUCUGAGCUCUAUCUCAGGCCACGUGGAGGCAGAGCUGUCGCACAAGGAGGGUUCCAUACACAACAAGGGCCAGAUUAACAUCGCUUCCUCUGACAGUGAAGUGGAAAUUGUCGGAGUGCAGGAGAAAGCACGAUGUGCUCAUCCAUGCGGAGGUGUGAUAAAGAGUCUCUCCUCUUGGAAAGACAACUCAGUGGAGCAGUUAAACAGCACAAAUCAAGCCCAACUCUGGACUACUGUUUCCCCUCAGCCCAACUGGGUGUCUCCUCCUGAGGUGGUGGACCUCACACUGGAUGAGGAUGCAGGACACAAAUACCUACUUUAAACAAGUUGUACACUGAAGACUCCUUGUUUCUUCCUCUCGGUCCUCCUCAUCCCUCUUGCCUUGCCUCCAUGUUACGACUGUCGCAGCCUCGCCUGUAAUCGCUCAUGGACUCCUGCUCCAGGGCUCCUUUUUUUUUUUGUGUAUGUGUAUCAGAGCCAUUCUACUGACAUGAUUACCUGAUCUUAGCUUGGAUUUAGUUUUAAUUAAAUGGCACAUCACUUCAAGUGCAGGUGGAAAAGUAUGUAACAGUGAUUUAUCUGUUAAUGAUAGCAAUAUUUUUCAUUUAAUACCUCAUUUACCCCUUAAAAAUGGAUGUGAGCAGGCAUUUGUUGUUCUGUGUUGCAAGCUCUAUGGUGAAAACUUCAAGUUGCUGCUUGAGAGCAUGUCAGUAUAAUGUCGUGGCUGUGGACCUUCUCCACCACAGACUCCAAAAGGCAUAUUUUCAGACUUGAUUUCAAAUUUAAUUCGUAUUCCCCUGCAUUUGAUACAAAAUGGCAGCUGGUACAAUUUUUGUUGUACAGGAGACAGUAGGUUGAUUACAGAGAUUGCUUUGUACACAUCUACGGUCAAUUUUAUUUCAGAAGUCUCACCACUGGUUUCACACGUAGGUCAGUCUAGGUUUAAAGCUUUGCUCUUCUAUACUGCUCUCUGCAUAGGUACAGCCUGUGAUCUGUUUCGUCAGGAAAGUCUUCGGUUCAUCUUAAAGAAAUAGUUUGACAAUAGGGGAAAAGUGCUUAGUUGUUUUCAUUGUGAAGAGUUGGACUUUGAACCAGUUCUAUAUCUCUCAAUUCAAUACAAGGCUCCAGGCUAGAAGAGGAGGGAGACAGCUAGCCAUGCUCUAUUCAAAAGCAACAAAAUGUACCCAGCAGAACCUCUUGAGCUCACCUAUUAACUUGCUGAUAUCUCCUUUGUUUAAUCCAUAAAAAAUGCAGUGUAAAAAAACAACAAUUUUCUGUUUUUGUGGGGGUCAUUUGCUAGAAGUUUUCCUAGUUGUGAAAACAAACUGCUGGUUUAAUCCAAACUCUGAUGGGAACACACUACAAAAUAAGACUCAUUUUCAAGACAGCACUUCUGUAUUUGAACAUGGUGAUGUUGGCAAUAUGUUUCAAUCCAGUUGUUUUAACAUGUAUUUUUAUGUUGGAAUCAACAGAGUCUGCGAGAGUCCCGUGGGUAGUCGUUACCAGUGAAUGUAUGACUGGGUGCACUAAUUGUUUGCAUGCGUAUCCUGAGUGGAUGCAAACACCUUUAAUCCUCUGGGGACCCCUUUUUAAAACAACUGAAAAAAGGUAUUUUCCACUGAAUACUGCAAAUCAAGAUGGCCUGAAUGCCUUGAAAUGUGCACUACUUUCUUUUAGAAUCUUCUAAAGCGUAUUCUUUUACCUUGCAGAGCAGUGGGUUUUGCUAUCUCAACAGUAAAUAUUUUAAUAAUAGAUUUGAAUUUAGCACACUGAAAAGGAGUAAACGCGGGGUGGCGUUUGUGUCAAGAUGUCGGGAAGUUAUAGAAAAAGCUUUUACUGUAUGAACUGUUCUUGACCCUGAUCCUCAGGGCCUGUUUCCUCCUCCCUUCUCUGUGCUCUUAUUUCUGUAUUCAUACAGUACUGCAGUCAUGCUGGUAUUUUAUUUUUUGUUAAUCAGUGAUCUAACUUCAAACACUGUUUUAAAAUGAAGCAUUUCUUUAAUUUCAUAUGCGAUACCAACUUGUCUGUCUUCAACAGGAUGCUUGACAAUUGUAGAGUCCAAUAAUUUAACUUCUGCUGGUCACAGAAGGGAAGGGAAAUGUAAUCUAAGGAACUAAACCAAAGCCUAAAUGGAUUUUUUUUUUUUUUUAAUUUUCUUUCCCAAUUUUAAUAUACUUUUCAUUUGGAAGUCAGUCUUUGUUACAUGAGGGGACAAGAAUUCUGUUUCAAACUCAUGACACGGCUUAUAUUUUUAGUUUUUUGCUUUGGCCAGUCUUCUCCACUUCAUUCAACUACCACUGUGAUGUCUUUUACCAGACCACUCCUGCUUGCAAAACCCAUUUUGCUUUUGUUCCUUAGGAUUUUUAUGAAUUGUUUGUAAAACUCAUGUCCUUAGUGAUAGAGGUUUGGUAGAAAACUUGGGCAGUGAUGCUCAACUAUGGUUGCACAUAGCAUGUCUGGUCACGUUUUUAACCUCAUGUCCGAUAUUUUCCUCACCACAUGUAAUUUAGCCUCGCUCUUCUGUUCUUUUGUUUGUUUUGUUUUAUUUUACUGUCAGUAUUUUAAAUUUAAAAAAAAAAAAAGGUUGUUUAUUUUGUUGCUUCUGCAAGUCCUUGACUUCCUUGAAAUUAUGUCUGUAGAACAAAAAAAGAAACUAUUUUAAAACUAAAUAAAUAGAGCGUUAUUUAAUGAU